AUGUGUGCGGAUAUACGGAGCCUCUGGAAGUAUUUUGGCGAUUUUUUAUUUAAUGCUUACAUUUAAAUAACUCAUUCUUCUCUGCGUUUCUUCGUCUCGUAGAUGUGUCUGGGUUUCGCGAGUGAAUUUGAAGGAGUUUAUUUAUGUCCUGUAUAUUCAGCUCUAGACAGACAUGCAGCCUCCUCCAAGAAAGGUGAAAGUCACACAAGAGGUGAAACACACUCACACAGAGCAGCUGAACAGACUGCAGCUCAAACACCAGACUGACUUGGACUUCCUGGAGGAUCUGAGGACGUACAGCCAGAAGAAAGCACUAAUAGAGAAAGAUUACUCACAGGCUCUGCAUAAACUUGCCUCGCAGUAUUUGAAACGAGAAUGGACCGGAGCCCCAUCAGAGGAGCCCAGAGACUCCAGAAACGUCUGGGCUGUAUGGCGGUCCUACUUAGAGGGUGUAAUGAAAGUGAGCCAGUCACGAAUCAACAGAUGCGAAAGCUACAGGAGCCAGAUCUCAGAUCCUGUGAAGACAUUCAGAGUGCAGAAAGACCUGCAGCUGAAGAGGUGUUGUGAGCAGCUGUCCAGAGCUCAAGCCGAUCUGCAGGGGACGAUUAGAGACCUGGAGAAGAGCAGGAAAACCUACCAGGAGGCCGAACAAACAGCGCAGAGCGUCCGUGAGAAAGCUGAGAUGGAGGCCAAGUCAAGGCUCAGUCUGUUUCAGUCGCGCUCCAGUUUGAAGAGGGCGAGUGUGAAGUUGAAAGCCAAGAAGAAUGAAUGGAAGUCCAAAGCCACGCAAUCAAGAAAUGAUUACCUGCUCGCCCUGUCAGCCACUAAUGCUCAUCAGGAGCGCUAUUAUGAGACGGAUCUGAUCAGCUGCAUCAGGGUUCUUGAUGGCGGAUUCUGUGAUCAUGCACAGGGUUUUCUGAUUUGGCUGUGUCAGACGGAGCUCGAGACGUCGCAAAGCAUUCAAGACACUUUCCAGAGCCUGCUGGAAACGUCCAGUUCGGUGACACAGGAGACACACCAACAGAUCUUCAUUCAGGACAACGCUGUGUUUCAAAAAGCAGCCCCCUUUCAGUAUCAGCCCGGUGAAAAUGAUUCGGUCAGAGAGCUGCUGAAGGAGAGCGGCACGGCUGAAGAGCACAGCCUGAAUAAAGAAGCACGUAAAUGGGCCACUCGUGUAGCCAGAGAGCACAAAAACAUCAUCCUCACACAGCGGACUCUGUCCGAAUAUGAAGGGUUGCAUCAACAGGACCAGAAUAACAAUGAGCUGGAACUGAAAAUGGAUGAUGCAAAAGAAUGCAUUCGCAAAUCAGAGACAGUGAAACUGAAGGCCGAGGCACGUCUGAGUCUGCUCAGAGAUGUUGGUGUGGCUGUAGACGUGUGGCUAAAGAGCGCCACCAACCAGGUGAUGGAGGAACUGGAGAACGAGAGAUGGGCGGCCCUCAAUACCCAUGACGCUUCAAUCACUCACUCUGUAGACUAUGACAGAGAAGAUGACGAAGACACAGAGACGUUGGAUGACAGCAGCUCCAGCCCAUCCAGCACUCACAGAAACUACCCUCUCACCUGCUCUGUGCUCUACUCCUAUCAGGCUUCACAGCCUGAUGAGCUCACCAUCCAGGAACAGGAAAUACUGGAGCUGAUUGAUGAUGGAGACAUGGAGGACUGGGUGAAGGCAAGGAACAGAUCUGGACAGGUGGGAUAUGUGCCGGAGAAAUACCUUCAGCUUCCGAGUUCCAGCUCUGUCCUGAGGAUGAUCCAGUCUUUUUCCAGCAUUGACUCCCAAUCACAAACCUCCAGCACUUCUGCAGAACAAGAGCCAGAAGUAGAGACGCUCACCCAGAGCAGCCCCAACAGUCACGCCAGUGCUGUAAAUCUGGCGAGGGCUUUGUAUGCCUACGAGGCUCAGACCGAGGAUGAGUUGUCUUUCCCUGAAGGAGCCGUUAUUUGCAUCCUCAGCAAACACAACCAGGAGGACGAUGGUUUCUGGGAAGGCGAGUUUAAUGGCGCAGUCGGUGUUUUUCCCGCAGUUUUAGUGGAGGAUCUGUGCAGAGCCGAAGGAGGACGAACACACAAGAGCAUGAACGUGCAGCAGGUGUCACUGUCAGUACUGGAUGAAGCUGCGGCUGUGUUUCCAUCAUGUAGCAGUCCUGAGGCUGUCUCACUGCCGUCUCUGAACAACACACUCACAUUAAAUGGCUUUCAAACUCCAGAAACAACCAGAAUCUCCAGCCACAACCACGUCCACUCUCCAUCACCCCGAUCUCCAGGAGAAGGAGGUUCAGGCUCUUUUAGACCUGUACGAGCUGCUCCUCCUCCACCCAAACAGCAGGCACAGGGCCAAGUGCAGAAGAGAGAAGAGGUGGAGAUCACACUGGUCUGAGGAUCAUUACUAGAUGCACACUGUGAAUUUAAUACGACAAAAGGUCUGAACACUUCAGAAUGAAGAUAUGCUGAACAGUACUUGAAGUGGAUCAUUUUCUUCAGUUUAUAAGUGCAAUUGAAUGGCAGAAGGUGUUUAUGGAAAGCAAGAUUUAGUGGAGGUAACAAAGAUUUUAAAGGGACAGUUCACUCAAAAAUCUGGUCAUUAUUUACUUAUCCUUAAAGAGAUAGUUCACUCAUAACUGAAUAUUCUAUCAUCAUUUACUCAGCUUUUACUUGUUCCUAAUAAGAUAUUUCGAAGAAAGCUGAAAACCU